AUGUCGACAGAUGCCAUGUCCUCGAAGCGCAAGGUCUUGGUGGUAGGUGCAGGAAGGGUAGGCGCGAUGGCUUGCGUGGCCAUGGAAAGAUCUGGAAUGGCAUCCGCCACGGCUGUUCCCCGGUGGAAUUACCAGAAAGUCUUGCAAGAUGGUUUUAAGGGAUCUGUCAGCCAUGGAAGAUUGUCUGCCUGGUGGCCAACCCGCGUGACCCCUGGGCACACUACUAUCAUCUUGAUCCAAAAUGGGAUUUACAUCAAACCACCCUUCAUCGAGGUGAGACCAUCAAACGCACUCCUCUCCGGCGCGAGCUACAUUGGGGCUCAUGAGCACAACGGUCAUAUCCUCCCCGAUGACCCCGACCGAUUCCACGUUGGAUCAUUCCGCAACCCGCAAUUAGAUCCUCCGUAUGAGAGACAGCGUCUAGAAGAUUUUGCUGCAGUUUACAGUAGCAGCAAAGCUGUUGAAGCAGAGAUAGUGAGUGAUAUCCUCCAUUACCGCUGGCGCAAAUUAUUAUGGAAUGGCGUCUUCAAUCCUACCUGUGCGACCACGCAGCUUGACAGCGCUGCCAUCAGGCAAUUUAAUGCCGGAAAUAGUCUGAUAAGACCCGGAAUGGCAGAAAUGGCAGUCAUCGCCAAGUCGGACGGGUAUGAUCUAGGAGAGGGCAUUGUGGACGAAAUGGUUGAUGUGACACCGAUUGAACUAUCUUUUCGCCCUAGUAUGUUGAUUGAUAUGGAUAAGGAAAAUCCGCUUGAAAGUGAGGUUAUUUUGGGGAAUGCCCUACGUGUGGCUAGGAAGAAUAGCGUCGACACUCCUAUACUGGAUAACACGUACCGCAUGCUAAAGCUGGUUUUGGCCCGCUUGUUAGCUGCGCAAGGGUAUAUCCGUGAGCCCAAAGAAAUACCGAUGACAGAUUUUAUCUAG